AUGAACAGACAUGACAAUCUGCGACCUAUAUGGUUUUGGAAAUCUACAUCGAUAAACGAAGAUAACCGAUGGGAAACAUUUUCUGACAUUGACAAUGAUAUAAUUGAAGAAGCGUUUAUUCGUAAACAAGAUAAUAUCGAAAUUGAUGAGUAUCUUAUCGAUUUGAAACAAUAUGUCGGCAAUAGAAAAAACGAUGAAAGAAACCCAGAUGUAGAAAUCAAACGUUCUCUAGUGCAAAAUUUCAUUCGACAAAAUCGAUUUUCUUUUCCAGCACCAGCACUUUCGGAUCCAUUUGCACAAUGCGAUCCGCAGGAUGAGUUUCACAGAGAAUACUACGAAAUAUUUCCGUAUAAAGAUGAUGAUCAAUUACUUGAACUUGCUGCACAAGGCAUUUUGGUUGAAGGUGAAAAAUUAAAUAAGACUAUUCAAGCAACAUGGAUUGCGGACAAGUUAAGAUCGUUGGCCGAAUAUAUGAAAAAUCAUUCAUCAUCUCGUGGUAGAGAAGUAGAACCGGAGAAAACUGUUCAGCUCUUACUUUACCUAUAUACGCGAGAUAGUUUCUUAUAUCGAGCCGUCAAUCAAACUUUGAGAGACGAUGAUCGAACAAAAUUCAAUACAUUUGGACCGUUUUGUUAUCUCAUGUUUUACUUUUGUAACCCGUAUGGACUGAAAAUGUGCGAAACACUUUUACAACCAUUUUAUGAUGAUGUUAUUCUCUAUCGUGGUUGUAAUUUAACGCCAGAACAAAUUCAACAAUACAGAUCGGCAUUGAACACAACAAAAGUCUGGCAUUCAUUUGCAUCGGCAACCAAAAAUCGACAACUGGCGGAAAUCUUUGGAAAUAUCUUGUUUAUUUUACAUGUCAGACAGUGUUCACGUGUAGCGGAUAUAUCACACUUUUCCAAUUUUCCUGAAGAAGAAGAAGUACUCUUACCAAGCGGAACAAGGUUCAAAAUAGAGAAAGUAAAACGAGACAAAGAUGGAAAAUUCAAUAUUUACUUGAGUAUUUCUUCUUGA